AUGCCGAGCGAACGCGUGCAACACGCCUACGGGCUUAUCCAGAAGACCCUCCAGCAGUCCGGCAUCGUACACGGCACGUCAAAGCAGCACCAAGGAAGCCCCCACAACCCGUAUGGCUACUCGACUGUCUCACAGCAGACUUCGUGGCAGCAGGCCGGGCCGCCGCCGCCGCCGCCUCCGUCAGGGUACGGCCAAGGCGCAUAUGGAUCGACGCCGGGAGGGUCGCUUGCUUCACCUGCGCCACCCGUCAUGACACCCGCCCAGACCAUGUACAGCAGCCCACCUAUCCCACCACCAUACGGGCCCUUGAAUCAACAGUCGUGGGCGCCGACCCCCCAAAGCAACGCCAAUACAAGUUCCUAUCCAUCCGCACAUGUUCCCGCCCAAGGCUACUUCCCGCCUCCGCCCCCACUUCCCCCCAAGCCCCAAGACUACAACGUCCCUCCGCCGCCUCUUCCGCCUCGUCCUGGAACCCAAGGCCCUCCGCCAGAUCACUCCUCGGCAUGGGCGCAACCACCAGUCCAAACAUUCCAAGCCACGCCCACUUUUCAGAAUGCUCCACCAACUGCCCACCCCAUCUACCGCAAGUACGGCCAUGUCAUGCAGGACGCUGCUGGGACACCCACGCACGCAUUCCCACCCCCCAGCGCGCCGCAGCACCAUCCCCCAACAGCGCAGUCUCCUCUCCAACAGGCGUGGCAACACUCUGUACCAGGAAGCUACCAGAAUACACAGCAACAGACGUGGCAGGCACCGGCUGCGUAUCACCCAACCCCGGUCUCUCCUAUGCAGCAUAGUCAACAGCCAUACACUAUCCCGCAGACUCCCGUCAACCAGCCAUACUCCCAACCGCCCCAAGUGUUCCAGUCCCCAGCCCCGCAGACCCCUCUGAGUGUACCGUCCGUCAGCCCUCCCCCGUACAAUUGGACCCAGCCACCGCCUGCGCAAGCCGGGCCUAUACCUUCAGAUCACUUUCAGCGCAACGAGGGCUCAACAACGCCCCAACCGUAUUUCCCGAGACCGCCUUCCGUGGGAAAUAACAAACCGUACAACCCACCAGUUUCACCUCCCGCGCCUGCCGUUUCGCCGCUAGACGGCCGCCAGGGAUCGAUUGCUUCGCAUCCAGGGAUGCGUGACCGCCACGAUACAGUCUCAAGCAUCUCGACAGCACCCACGCACGAGCGCCAGGAUACCUUUUCCACAGUUUCGGCGUUUGAAGAGAGGCCGGUGACUCCAAAAGCCGCGCCUCAGGCUGGAGCUGCUGGUGAUAUUGGUGAUCAGCGGAUCCAAAACACCAGUGCUGCUGUAAACCCAGCGGGUGGGACGUCCGCGUCGGCACUCGGGUUUGGAGGGCCCGGGGGCUGGGAGUACUAUGCUGCCCCGGGAGAAGAAGAUGAAGAAGAAGAUGAUGAUGGAGCAACUGUGGGUCAGAGCAAGGCAGGAGCACAACCGAAUAUGGGUGAGCAGGACCCCGUGUCGCCGGUGGAGCUACCAAGUGACCCGGCACCCUUUGCGAUGAGGCCAUCGGUUGCAGAGGGAGAAAAGAGCGGCGGUGGAGAGGAGGACAAUAUCUUCGAGUUGCCCGCGGACUUCGUGAUGGAAUCGAAUGCCAAGCCAGAGAGUACUGCGGAUCAGGACGCAACCGUUGUUCUACCAAAACCUAGCACACGAUAUAAUAGAAUCCCACGGCCUCAGGACCUCAUCCCGGACCUUGGACCCUGGUAUGCCAGCUCUCUUGAGCGCUACAUCUCGAUGUUGAAGGCUGAAGCGUACGCUUCUUCAGACGAGCAGAGAGCAGCUGCAUUCAUGGAAUUUGUGGCUACCGAGUCGAAGCAAAGAGGCAUUCCCUACUACACCCAACCUCCAGGCAACGACGAACAGCAAUCUGGGAAUAACGGAGAACGUAGGCCGAAAUUGCCCUUGGAAAUCCCACCGUCGAGCACGGCGGCUGAAGUGGAGAUCCAAUAUAGCCCAGGCGGUCGGCCGGUGCUGCGGCCCAAACCAACAGAUGGCCAGGACAAAGCGGAUGGAGGGAAGACACCAGUGCCUGGUGAAAGUCAACAACAAGCCUAUAAGCCUUUUCGACAAGACCAACCCACUGUCGACAGCGAGGGAUCCAGCCAACCGGCUGUACCCAACCGCACCAAUUUACCCAACGACCAGACCGGCUCUACCAUCACCACAAACCAGCAGCGUCAGUACAAGCCCUACACUCCUGGCACCCCCACCGUCGAGACCGCCAUCCGUAGGGACAGCUUCCCGCGCAGAGACAGCCUCCCACGCAGAGAAAGCUUCCCGCAGCGCGCGUCGGUGUCUUCGCCGAUCAGGCAGGAGCACACCGAGACGUUCUUCCCGGCGCCUCUUGCGCUGCACGCGAAGGGGAGGGACAGGGCCGCUUCCAGCUCCACGCCACAGGCUCCAUCAUCACCACCUACCGAAGAUACGUCCUCGACGCCCGCCACUCCGCUCCCCUACCCAACGACGCCCUCUCACACCCCGCCGCCGCCGCAGCUUCCACCGCUUGGCACGAAACCACCACCACCCUCCAGCCUCACGCCCGCUCCACUAGCCCCCGCAUCGUCACCGCCAUCAUCUAGGAAGACCGUGCCAACGGCCGGCGCCGGCGGCGGUGGCGCGGCGGCGCGCCUCAAAGCGCUGCUCGCGCCCUCCCCGGCCACGACGACGACGACGACGACGACGACGACGACGAUGACCGCCACUGCAACCUCCCGCAUCGAAACCAUCCUCACCUCCCUCCCCUCCCUUCCCGCCACAAAAUCCCACAUCGCCGCUCUCGCCGCCUCCUUCUCCUCCCCCUCAUCCACCUCGCCCAGGCAACAAGCCCGCACCCUCCACGCGUCCCUCUCCCGCGAGCGCGGCCAGCAACAAGUCCUCAACGACAUGGCCUUCGAAGCGCACGAGAUCACGUAUCCGCAGCUCAUGGACCGCGACGACGCGCUCAAGCGGGAGGACGCUGAGACGGUUGCGGCGGAAGCGAAGGGAUUGAUCGAGAGGUGCGGAAGGGAGUAUAGGAAGUGGGAGGGGAGUGUGUUUGCGGGGGUGUAUGGCAGGGUGAGAGAGGAGGUGGGGAGGGGCGUGGAGGGGCUGGCGGUCGUGGAGGACGUGGGAGGUGGGGCGGUGGAGGCGUUAGAGGGUGGUGGUAGUAGCCUUGGUGGAGGGCCGGGGAGCCGAGAGGCAGUUGGUGCGGGUGCGGGUGCGGGUGCGGGUGCGGCGGGGCUUGUCAAGAUCAAUGCGAGAACGGGGGAGGUCGUGACGGUUGAUGGGCUGGCGGCAACACCCCCGCCCGCCACUGCUGCUGGCACCACGUCCUCCGCCGCCGGCGGUGGAGGAGGAGGAGGGAGGACACAACCGCCCACCGUGGCCCAAACCCUCGCCGCGCUGACAACCCUCGCCACGUCCGCCCGUGCCCUGCUCACUCUCCACGCAUACAUCUCCGCCCGCCACGCCCUCCUCGCCACCGCCGUCGCCGACCGGGACGCGCGCUACGCGGCGGCCGAAACGGCGCCGCUCGAGUUCCUCGUCGCGUUCGACGACUGCGAGAAUCCGCACCCGGAGAAUCGGAAGAACAAUAAAGAAAAGAAGAAGAAGAAGGAGGAGGAGGGCGGUAGUAGCGGUGAUAGCGAAGGAAACAACAACAGUAACAAUAACGGUGAGGGGAAGCAGAGCGAGGGAGGCAGCAACGACGACAACGACAACGACAACGACAACGACGCCCGCAACAAGCUGUCCCACCUCCGCAAACACUUCACCGCCGCGCGGCUCGCCGCGGCCGCGCGGGCGGCGGCCGAGGAGGAGGUGAGGGCGAGGCAGACGUGGCAGCGCGUCGAGGGGUGGAUGGCGGCGGGACUGGCGGCGGCGGGCAAGGCGAUCGAGGGAGUGGCGGCGGCGGCGCGGAUGGUCGGCGGCGGUGCUGACGAGGCGGGCGUCGGUGUCGGCGGGCUGCUGGAUCGCGCCGAGGCGACCGUCGGGGAGUUGGCGGCGCGCGCCGAGGCGUUGGUGCGGUGCUUUUAUGAGGCGGAGGUUGUGCUUAACGAGGCCGAGUUUGCGGUCAGUGUCGAGGAGGCGCGGAUGGCCGUGUUUGAGAAGGUGGUCGCGGCGAGGGGAGGGGGAGGGGGUGGGGAUGGGGAUGGGCUUGCUGGGUGGGAAGGGUGGGUGAGGGAGGCCGGGGCUGUGGUUGGGAAGUUGGAGGAGGAGAGGAGGAAGGAGGAUGGCGUGUUGAAGGAAGAGCUGGAGUCGAGGUUGCAGGGAAUCGAUGCGGAGCAGAAGGCGAAGGCGAUGGAGGUGGUGAGGAGGGUGAGGAAGAGGGUGGUUGGCAGGGAGGAGUUUGGGGACGAGGAUCGGAUUGUGGGGUGGGUGUCGUGA